AUGGCGGCGGCGGCGGUCAAGUCAUCACGGCGCGGCGGCGGCGGCGGCUCGGGGGAGGACUUCAGCGCGUGGUUGGGCGGCGCGGGGUACAGCGAGGGCGACGUGCGUGACAUCGUGGCGGAUACGCUGCACGGAUCGCGCUCCGACCCCACGUGCGAGAACUGGGAGGAGGUGGAGCAGCUGUGCGAUCAUCUGGACCGUUGGUCGCCCGAGGAGCGCAUCACGAUGCUCGAUAUCGUCGUGGCGGCGAGCGCGGACGACGAUUCCGGAUCGGAUCUCGAGGGUGGGAAGGAUGAUGAGCGAGACGUUGUGUACGUGGUUUCCGGCACUGCGACUGCUGCGGCGGCAACGGCGGUGUUAAAAGCGCCGGACGGCGCGUCAGGUGCUUCAGCGUCCCGCACGGGGUCUCCGCUCCGGGUGACCCUGUGCCGCGCUGCAUCGUCUAAUCCUGGGGAGCUGAGUGGCGUGUCUACUGCAGCGGAGAGGCUGAUUGUUGCCAUGGGGACUCAUACUAGCAGCACGAGCCUUCCCGCUUCAUCUGUCAGCUCACCAGUUGGUAGCGGCACCUUCCUGGGUCCCAGCCUUUUUUCCGCAGGGGCCCACGCAGCAGGCGUGGGAAAUUCGGAUGAUCCGUCGAAAGAAUCUUUAGAUGGAGCUCGUGGAGAAGAUUCUGGGAACCUGCUCCCCGGCAGGAACCAGAGGUUGUUUCGUGCAGGAGUGAGUGACAAGAGCGCCAGAGUGCGUGUUAACUUCCGCAGCAUGGGAGGCAAGGAGGAUAAUGCCGAAGGCGAGAGGAGCGGCUCUGCUGCUGCUGCUGCUGCUGCUGCUGCUGGUGGCGACGUGGGUGUUGCUGUGUGGUAUCUUGAUUCGGUGGGGGCAACGGUCACGGGUGUGGAACUGGUGCUGGAUGAGAGUGGUGAGGACUGUACAGGCCUGUACCUUUCGUGUCAGCCGGCUUCCGUGCUGGCAGAUAAGGCAGGAGCAGCAGCAGCAGCAGGAGGAGCAGUAGGAGGAGUGGCAGGAGAGGCAACUGCUGCGCCCCUGCACUCAGCGCCCUGCAGGCUUCAAUUAGACCAGCAACAGAUAGGUUCCGACCUUCUCCUAGCUUGA